AUGUUUGUGUAUGAUAAGCUCUGGACUGUCUUGAUUUCAGGGGGGGAAAGACAGUCGGUUUUGCGAACCACUAAGGUUCGCACCGCUCUGAAAGGAGACAACAGCUGGAUACAGAGACGAGAACAAGAAAAUCUUGAGAGAGAGGAGGAGGAGGAGAAACCAUGGAUCGCUGAAGUGCGAGCGAAGCGCUCAAGUUGUGUGUUUGAAGAAACAAGUACUGUAUCCUUACCCACAGCCAAUGAGCCCCAGCCCAGACCUGACACAGACAAACCAAAAACACCUGCAUCUGGAUACUUAAUCAGAGGGGUGUUCACAAAAACCGAAUCCAAGCCAACAUCCACCUCAUCCACCAAUGGAUUUGCUGGAAUAAAUAGCUUCAACAAAAAGCCAUCUGAGAGUUACAAGAAAAUAGCCCCCCACACAAUUCGGUCCAGCAGUGAAAAGACAGCGCCGUUUGAACCAACUCUGAGUCCAGAGGAAAUGGAAAAGAGGACAGAGACAGCCAGCACUGUGCUGAAGGGAUCAGCAGCAAAUCGACGGUCAUACGUAAUGUCAGCUGCAAAGAAAUACGGAUCUACAGAGAAGCCUGACAGCUCGGCUGAUAUGAACACUUCUUCCUUUGCUGCCAAAAGGGUAGUUAUCGGUAAUGAUGAUGACACCAAAGCAUCUGUUAAGUCUGUGCCUGUGCAAAGUGUUAAAUCAGACACUGAACCAGUGGUGAAGGAAGACAAGCCAGCAGCACCUGAGACUAAAACUGCAUCUGAAACAAAAACAACGAUUGAACCUAAACCCACAAUAAACUCUAAACCAGCACUUGGAACUAAGCCAGUGACUGAAACUAAACCUACAACACAAACUAAAAUUACAACCGAAUCUAAUGACACAUCAGAAUCUAAACCAGUGCUAGAAAACACAACACAGCCUAAAACAGCAUCUGAGCCUAAAUCAGCUUCACAACCUAAACCUACAACUGAAACUACAACAACAACUGAACCUAAACCAGUGGCUCAAACUAAACCUACCACACAAACUACAACAACAACUGAACCUAAACCCACAUCAGAACCUAAACCAGUUGAAACUAAACCUGUAACAACUGAAUUUAAACCAGCAAUUGAAACUAAAACAGCAACUGAAACUAAAACAGUUGAAACUAAAACAGAAACUAAACCUACAACACAGACUACAAUAGCAAGUGAUCCUAAACCCACAGCAGAGCCUAAACCAGUUGAAACUAAACCUACAACACAGACUACAAUAGCAAGUGAUCCUAAACCCACAGCAGAGCCUAAACCAGUUGAAACUAAACCUACAACACAGACUACAGUUGCAAGUGAUCCUAAACCCACAGCAGAGCCUAAACCAAUUGAAACUAAAACAGCAACUGAGACUAAAACAGUUGAAACUAAAACGUUCACACAAACUAUAAUGGCAACCGAUCCUAAACCCACACCAGAGCCUAAACCAGUUGAAACUAAACCUACAGCAACAACUGAACCUAAACCAGUUGAGACUAAAACAGCCACUGAAACUAAAUCAGUUGAAACUAAAACCUUCACAAAAACUAUAACAACAACCAAUCCUAAACCCACACCAGAGCCUAAACCAGUUGAAACUAAACCUACCACACAAACUACAACAGCAACUGAUCCUAAAUUAGUAGCUGAAACUAAACCUACAACACAGACUACAGUAGCAAGUGAUCCUAAACCCACAUCAGUAAUUAAACCAGUUGAAACUAAACCUACAGCAACAACUGAACCUAAACCAACUGAAACUAAACCUACAACAACUGAACCUAAACCAACUGAAACUAAACCUACAACAACUGAACCUAAACCAACUGAAACUAAACCUACAACAACUGAACCUAAACCAACUGAAACUAAACCUACAACAACUGAACCUAAACCAAUUGAGACUAAACCUACAACAACUGAACCUAAACCAAUUGAGACUAAAACAGCCACUGAAACUAAAUCAGUUGAAACUAAAACUUUCACAAAAACUAUAACAGCAACUGAUCUUAAACCCACACCAGAGCCUAAACCAGUUGAAACUAAAACAGAACCUGAAGCUAAAUCUCAGCCCAAACCAGCACCUGAAUCCAAGUCUGAACCAGCUCCAGAGAAAAGCCUGUCUGACACCCUGAUAUCCUUCAGCACAGAGCCUGUCAGUUCUGGCCAAACGGAUCUGGGAGUAGAUCUUCUCAGUCAGGAUCUGCUCACAGACAGCAGUUCUCUGCCUCAGACGAAGAAGACACAUACAACUCUAGACCUGCUUGCAGAUGAUCUGAUUCCCUUCAGUGCUACUUCCACCAGCUUAGUUGAUGAAUUUGAUCCAAUAGCAGCAUCGAGUGAGCCCACAAAGAGUCCUCACUGGUACAGUCCUCCUAAACUGGACUCAGGGUCCACGGAUACAUUCAAUCAUUUUCAGCAUCCUGUGGAUUUGGUUGCUGAUAUGUCACCAGAUGUUUUGGUUUCCUUGGCUGAAAAUGUCUUUCCAAUUGAUCCUAAAAGUGACUGGGAGACUAACAUGGAAAGUUACAAAACUAGCAUCAAAACAGUGCAGAGUUCUGUCCAGGAGAAGUUACCAGAAUCUGAUUCCAAGAAGGGCUUCGUCUAUGUUAAGGAAUAUGUGGAUAACUCGUUUCUUGAUGGCAGCAGCUCUGAUUAUGUGUCAUCAGCAACCUCUAACUACAACUACAGCAGCCCCAGCUACUAUACAAGAAGCGAGCUCACUCCCUGUACAUACUGUGGAGAAAUGGUGGGAAGCGACGCCAAAAUCACCAUCGAGCACCUGAACAUAUCGUGUCACCCAUCCUGCUUUAAGUGUGGUAUUUGCAGUAAACCAAUGGGAGAUUUACUCUACAAUAUGUUUCUCCACCGUGGGACGGUGCAUUGUGAGAGCUGCUAUUCCAAUGUGCUAUAAGAUCUGCUUACAAGCCUGAAAUAUCCAUCUCAAAGUGUGACCAACUUGAAUGAACAGGAAUUAGUUCCUUACUGUACUUCAUUGAUACUGUAUGCUGACAGUACACUGUGCAGAGUACCUUCUGAAUAUGUCAUAAAAAGGUUUUCUUGUGCAAACAAUGCUUGUUGCAGGGCAUCUAGGAUUUUUUAUUUAGAUUCUGCUGCGUUAAAUGUUUAGUCAAGACGAUAAGAAUUUAUAUCUUUGUUUUAUUUAAUCAUCAGAAACCAUUUUAAUGAAAUUAUUUUACUGUUUCAGAAGCUGUAUUGUUAUGGAAAUAUGUAUCCUGCAUAUUCACAAUUAAAGAAAAAUCCUCAU